AUGGCUAGAAUGUCUUUGAUCGCCUACAGGGUGAGGAAAUCGCCCUUUCUAUUUGUUGUUUUGCCAAUAUUUGCGCUUUUCUGCAUGUACCAGGUGCUAUUUUCGAAGGAGGGGAGUAUUUUGGGGCUUAGUGAUGCGAUUGUGAAUAACCAGUGGGCACACCAACAAGAAAAGACGUUUUAUUUCCCAUAUUCGAAGAAAUACAAGAUGCCAAAGUACACUUAUAAGAAGGCAUCUGGGUGGCUAUUAAACGACAAGGGGGAUGAUAUGAUUCCUGAGGGCCACAUUGCACGUUACGAUUUGAAUAAACUCAAGUCUACGAGCAAUGCUGUUGCCAACGAGGAAAAAGUAUUGAUCUUGACACCUAUGCAGACUUUCCACCAAGGGUACUGGGACAAUUUGUUGAAGAUGACUUAUCCACGGACUCUAAUUGAGCUUGGGUUUAUUAUUCCAAGAACCGCUUCUGGCGAUGUUGCAUUACAGAAACUUGAAACGGCUGUCAGAGCAGUGCAAACAGGCCCAAAGGAAGAGAGAUUCGCAAAGAUCACAAUCUUGAGACAGGCUUCUCAAUCUUUCGAUAGACUGGGUGAAAAAGAGAGACAUGCCCUUGAGGUACAGAAGGAGAGACGUGGUGCAAUGGCACUUGCCAGAAACGAGUUGCUAUUCUCUACCAUUGGCCCACACACAUCAUGGGUUUUAUGGUUGGACGCGGAUAUCAUUGAAACCCCAUCUACCGUGAUCCAAGACAUGACUGCCCUCAACAAGCCGGUGCUUGCUGCCAACGUCUACCAGAGAUACUUCGAUAAGGAAGAAAAGAAGAGCAAGAUCAGACCUUACGACUUCAAUAACUGGGCUGAAUCAGAGAUUGGUUUACAAUUGGCACAAAGUAUGGGCGACGACGAGAUCAUUGUGGAAGGUUACUCUGAUAUCGCCACCUACAGACCAUUAAUGGCGCAUUUCUAUGACGAAAACGGGGCAAGCAACGCUAUUAUGGAACUAGAUGGUGUUGGUGGUGGUUGUACUCUAGUUAAGGCAGAAGUUCACAGAGAUGGUGCCAUGUUCACGAACUUCCCAUUCUACCACUUAAUAGAAACAGAAGCAUUCGCUAAAAUGGCCAAGAGACUAGGAUACACAGUGCACGGUUUGCCAAACUACUUGGUGUACCAUAUCGAGGAAUAA